AUGAUCAACGAAGUCGACAUGGACGGAAACGGUCAGAUCGAAUUUCCUGAAUUCUGUGUGAUGAUGAAACGAAUGAUGAAGGAAACCGACUCAGAAAUGAUCCGUGAAGCAUUUCGUGUGUUCGACAAGGACGGCAAUGGAGUCAUCACAGCUCAGGAAUUCCGAUAUUUCAUGGUCCACAUGGGAAUGCAGUUCUCAGAAGAAGAAGUGGACGAGAUGAUUCGUGAAGUCGACGUUGAUGGUAAGUUUUGUGAAUAA